AUGGCGCCUUAUGAGAGUUUGUAUGGUAGGAAAUGUCGCUCUCCGGUCAGUUGUUUUGAGAGUUCUAAGGUUAGGCCUAGUGGUAAGGAUUUGGUUCACGACUUUUUGGAUAGAGUCAGGGUGAUUAAGGAGAGGUUGAGAGUAUCUUUGAUUAGGCAGAAGGCCUAUGCAGAUCGUCGGCUUAGUUCCUUAAGAUUUGGAGUUGGUAAUAGUGUAUUCCUCCGUGUUUUGCUCAUAAAGGGUAUAAUGACGUUCGGAAGGAAGGGUUGGAUGCAAUGUCUUGGUAGUUCUCUUGCUUUAUGCUCUAAUGAUGGUAUGCGUGUUAAACUUGGCAUUUAUGAGAUUGUGAUUGUUGAUACAUUGCUUUACGCUUUGAAUCGGUUAUUUAUUCUGUAUGACGACUAUGGUAUGCUGUAA